CACCCACCAUCACAUAGCUCUCUCUCUCUCCUCGGCACACGCGCGCUAGCUCUUCUUCCUCGUCGAGGUGCAAGUGGUGCAUUGAUGGCGACUGACGUGGCUGCUGAUGCUCCGGUGCCUUUGGCGGAGGCGGCCCCCGACGCCACCACGGAGUCCCCGCCGGCUGUCGCCGGCGACGUGAAGCCGGCCAAGGCCAAGAAGGCCGCCGCUCCGCGGAAGCGCGGCAACCCCACCCACCCGCCGUACGCCGAGAUGAUCUCGGAUGCCAUCGCUUCCCUCAAGGAGCGGACGGGGUCUAGCCAGUACGCGAUCGCCAAGUUCGUGGAGGACAAGCACAAAGACAAGCUGCCGCCCAACUUCCGCAAGCUGCUGCUCGUGCAGCUCAAGAAGCUCGUCGCUGCCGGCAAGCUCACCAAGCUCAAGAACUCCUUCAAGCUGCCGCCGGCGCGCUCCCCGGUCGCCGACAAGCCCAAGCCCAAGGCAAAGACGGCCGCCAAGCCCAAGCCCAAACCGAAGGCCGCCGCGAAGGCCAAGGGGGCCGCAAAGCCCAAGCCCAAGCCCAAGGCCCCCGCCAAGGCGAAGCCCGCUGCGAAGAAGCCCAAGACGGUUGCCAAGCCCGCGGCCAAGCCGAAAGCCGCAGUUGCGAAGAAGCCCAAGGCGCCCGCCAAGCCUGCUGCCAAGCCCAAGGCGACUCCCAAGCCCAAGGCCAAGCCUGCCGUGAAGCCGAAGCCUGCUGCUGCUAAGCCGAAGGCCGCGACCAAGACGAAGGCAACCUCGGCACCGACCCGGUCGCGCCCGGCCAAGGCGGCCAAGACUUCGGCCAAGGCCUCGCCUGGGAAGAAGCAGGCUCCGGCGGCCAAGAAGGCCGCGGCGGCGAAGAAGUCUCCCGCGAAGAAGCCCGCGCCGGCCAAGAAGGCCCCGGCCCCGGCGAGGAAGGUGCCUGCCCGGAAGGCGAAGAAGUAGAGCGCUCGGUGUCGUCGAGGAAUCUAGGGUUUCGUUCUCGUUCUGCUCUAGCUGUUUCUCUUAUCUUCGUUUUUCCUUAAUCGAGGGGGUGUCAGGGGUACUAGCUUGUAAAUUUGAUAUCGGGGCGGGGGCACUCCUGCCAUUCCGUAACCCAUGGUGAAAAGGCAGAGGCGACGACGGUGACGAGAAGUUUGUUAGAUGACUUCAUUUCUGUAGCUGAUGCGAGUUCUCAUCGUGGUAAAUUAUCUGUCGAAAUUACCGUGCGUUUGUGAUUAGGCAUUGUGUGAUCUGAAAUAGAAUGAUUUGGCGUGCAUUUCUGUUU